AUGGGAUAUCUCCGAAUAUUUAAUCCACAUCCUGUGAAACCUGGAGAUGGAGUACAACCUGAAGACUUGCUCUUAGAAGUGCAGUUACGAGAACCAGUAUUGCAGGUGGAAGUGGGAAAAUUUGUUUCUGGUACUGAAGGACUUCAUCUGGCUGUGUUGCAUUGCCGAAAACUCUGUGUAUAUGCUGUUUCAGGAACUCUGGGAAAUGUGGAACAUGGGAACCAGUAUCAGAUUAAACUGAUGUAUGAGCACAAUCUUCAGAGAACUGCUUGUAAUAUGACUUAUGGUCCAUUUGGUGGUGUAAAAGGUCGAGAUUUUAUUUGCAUACAAUCCAUGGAUGGGAUGCUCAUGUUGUUUGAACAGGAAAGCUAUGCUUUUGGCCGUUUUUUACCUGGUUUUCUUCUGCCUGGUCCCUUGACUUACAGCUCGCGGACAGAUUCUUUCAUUACAGUGUCUUCUUGUCGACAGGUUGAGAGUUACAAAUACCAAGUGCUGGCAUUUGCAACAGAUGCUGAUGAAAGACAAGAAACAGAACAGCAAAAACUUAGUUCUGGAAAAAGACUUGCG